UAGCAAUUCUGGGUGAUUAGUGAAACCGUAAGUGACUUCCGUGUUUACAAACUUCGUCAUGAUCAUGAGUGUGGAGAGAAAAGAAAUAGCCUAAAUUUCCAAUAUUAACUCAUUACAUACUGUUUGUAACUAGUCAUCAGUCUUAGACUUCAGAGAGAAGACGAAAACCAUGUUUAGAAAAAAGCCAACCGUCCAAGAACAACUGCGAGAAAAUGACAGAACGAUGAAGAAAACCCAGAGAGAUCUUACACGGGACCGGGACAAGCUGGAGAGAGAGGAAAAAAAACUUGAAUUGGAAAUCAAGAAGGCAGCUAAAGAGGGCAAUAAACAGGCAGCUACAGUCUUGGCAAAACAGUUAGUGGCAUUACGCAAACAGAAGACGAAAAGUUAUUCUGUGGGAUCCAAAAUAUCAUCUAUAGGGAACCAGCAAAAGUUGAUGCACUCCAAUAUGAAGAUGGCGGGUGCUAUGGCAACAACAACAAAGACGAUGCAGGAAAUGAACAAAGUGAUGGAUCCACAGAAGACAGCCAAGAUGAUGCAGGACUUCGAGAAGGAAUCCAUGAAGAUGGGCAUGUCCGAGGAAAUGAUAAACGAUACUUUGGACGACAUUCUUGGAGAAUCGGGCGACGAGGAGGAAUCUGACGCUGUUGUCAACCAGGUCCUGGACGAAAUUGGAAUCGAGAUCACAGGAAAGAUGGUCAGUGCUCCCUCAGCCCCUAGCCGUGGCCUCGGAGAAACUUCAAAGUCAAGGGUGACUGACGAUGACAUAGAAAAACAAUUAGCAGCACUCAAAGAUCUAUAGACAUUGAUUUUAUCCAUAUCUGUACACAACGAGAUUUCCUCCGUGUCCAGAAUGGAAUCCAGCCAUGUGACAUACAAACUAAGGCAUACAUCCGUAUAAUUUAAGUCUGUCUCUAGGAUUGAUUUGAAUUUAUGCCGUGUAAUUUAAGUCUGUCUCUGGGAUUGAUUUGAAUUUAUGCAUGAUCGUUUUGAAGACCAGUGAGUUGGACCACUAUAUUUGAAAGAGAAGCAGUUUGAAUGGUUUAAUUGUUGUAUGGUGUGUAUUUCAAUUGAAUAAACUUUUGUGUUCUAAGAACACAAUCCCCCCUCUCAGUAUAAGUUUACACCUAUUUAUGUUUCUGUAAAUAUUUUAGAGGUUUUACAUAUCAAAUGUUACAAUGUUUUCAAGAGAAAUAUUGAAUUAAUAUCUUUUUUUUCCCUCAAAUUGGGGUCAAGAAUGGCAAGAAGUGAAUAUAGGACUAAAUACACGUAUCAGAAUAUCGAUAUAAUAUAUUGAUGCUGAUAAUUUUCAUGUUCAAUCUGAAAAGUUAACAAUUUGUGUACAUUUUAUAUCUUGUCUUAUUUCUUGCAUUAUUAAAAUUGUUAUUGAAAUAUUGAUUAAACUUUAUUUAUAAUUUG